AUGCUUUUGCUUCUCCCUCUGCCUAUGCACACUGUCUACGCCUCGCAGAUGCGGCAGCGCUCGGUGGUGUUUGGCCUGUCGGAUGUUGCUCUGACCGCGCCCUGUGCACGCGUGAACGUCAACGGCCAACGAUCGAGCGACCAGCUUUCCAAAAGAGGCAUCAGCAGCAGCAGCAGCAGCAGCAGCAGCAGCAGCAGCAGCAACAGCGGAAGCAAAAGGGGAUCUGUGAGGUUCCGACCAUCUCGACUGAUUCCAACGCCACCAAACCGACCCAUUGACCGCAUCGAGUGA